AUGGACGACGACCACGCGCGGGCGUCGGCGGGGACGACGGGCGAUGCGCGAUGCGGGACGAACGGUGGACGGUUCGGUCGAGGGGUGAUUCGAGCGAGACGACGCGCUCGACGGGGACACGGGAGCGAUGCGUUGGCGCUCGCGCCCACGACGACGCUGAGCGAUGUGUUCAGGACGAAUGCGAUCGACGCACACGUGAGCGCACGAUCGUUGAACGCGUGUGAGGAUCCGCCGGCGAGAUACCCGCCGACGUGCGUCGACGCCGAGCGCUCGGCGACGGCGACGCGCGACUUCAAGGCGAUGUCCUCCAGGGAACACCAAGACGCGAUGGCGACGAUGAUGCGAAGUCAGCCAAUGGUUUUGAAGAGGACGGGUGUUUUAGGCGACGUAAGUUCGAAGUACGUGGCCGAUCGAUUCCAGGGACUGGAGCAGACGUGGGAUUUUGAAAGAGUCGCGUCGGCGCUCGGAGCGAGCGAGUGGGAGUGUUUGAUGUGUCCCUCGAGCAAGCAUAAAUUCUUGGUGUGCGAUGCGUCUAAGAAUGCGCACGGCUCUUAUUAUCACAUUCGUGAGCCCGAGGUAGAGACGAUGCGAUGCAAGUUUGAAGAUUUCGUUCAGUGCGCUCGAAAUUGGAGGGAGAAAUCUAUUUUAUUUGACGCGGAAAUUUUCACCGCGAAGACGAUUGUGAACGCUGAAGAUAUCGCAGACCCACCGCCCAAGAGUGACUUCGAUCAAAGGUGUCCAGACGACUUCAUCAAGAAUGUUUGUAGUGGGAUCGACUGGGGGUGGUUCAAUCGAUUCACGCGAGCGCAGCGAUUCGGUCAGCUCCUCUCGAUGCGUCUCGUCGCUGGUCAACGCGAUAGCUUGAACCCAGCGCGCUAUUAUCUCGAAGAAUCGAUUCACCUACAAGUAAAUGGACGAAGAAGAAUUUUGCUGAUUCCUCCGAAACACUCGUUUGGAGGUAUGUACCCGUACCCCGUUGCCCACCCUUACGAUGGCUACAGCAUGGUGGACCUCGACGACGUGGUUUACGGGCAAACGCCAGCAUUCACCUCGGUUAGAGGCCUAAGCUUCGUGCUCGAGCCGGGAGACUUUCUCUACAUCCCUCGUGGAUGGUGGAGACACGAGCAAGGUCUGUCAAAAGAGCAUAUUCAUUUAGAUUUCAGGCUUUUGCACGGAAAGCGACCUAGAGCUCGUGACAUGGCGAUACUUCCAGUGUCGCGGAGCAUCGAGGAACGACUUGCCGUCGCAGAGGGAAUACAUCAGAUUAAACACUGGCUUAAAGUCAUAGCCGAGGCAGAAGACGCGAACUGGAUCGAUUUAAGCACUGUCAAGGGUCAUAAGCGUAUUAAGAUGACGCAAAUGGUGCGUGAUGAGGUUGAUUUGAACCUCGGGCGCGGGUCGUGGCAGGCGUUUCUUCGCACGAUGAUCGAUGGCCGACUCGAUCCUACUCCCUGGUUGAACAUCUCAUUCAGAGAGCCACUUUACCUCACCGACAAGCCAGUACACGUUGCGGACACUAGAAAUGAGUUGGAAAAGGAGUUUCCUGAAUUUUACGUCGCCAAGCUGAAGAAAGAAGGGUACGCCGUCGACUAUACUCCAGUGUCGGUGUUCAAUCCAACACAUCCCGAAACAAUCGCGAGUGUGCCCAAAGCUUGA